GUGAAUACAUGGACCAUUUUGUAUUAACUUUUACUACUUCGAUGUGAACUUGCUUACAAAAUAAUGCCGAACACAAUGUUUGUAUUAGAGAAAUGUUGCUUCUGCGUCAAAUUAAGAGUUGGCUGUUUGAUUAUUGCAUACUUUCAAUUGUUAUUCGAAGUUGUUACAUUGUCGUUAUCACUCUAUGGAAUAGUUGAGGGCUCUAUAAUGCUGACGUCAACUAUCAAAGCUAUCACAGACAUGGGGUACAUAAUGAUGACUUUAAGCGGGCUGUUUCUUGUCGCUAUUGUAUUUAUGCUCGUGUUUACCAUCGUCUUGAUUAUUGGACUGCAUAAGAAGAACGACACCUACAUCCGAGCGUACCUCCUGUGCGCUGUGAUUUACCUGAUAGUAGCGGCUACCACAAGCUUCGUCUCCUUCCCUUUACUGCUGGUGUCAGCUUUUGAUGUAACUUAUAAGAUCGUCGGCUUAAUUCUACACGUGUAUUUCAUCUUCGUCAUUAGGAGUUACUGGAACCGGAUAAUUCGAUACAACCGGACAUUAUCAUCAUGA